AUGGCCUCGACCCUAGGCCUAGACGGUCGUCGGGCCCGGCUCCAGCAGCUCGCUGCCGAAUGGGGGGUCCACACCCUGCCACCUGUAGCCCCACCGACCCCGGCCCCGCCAAGCCGAACUCCCUCCGACGACUUCCAUGCCGAGGAGCUGCUCAAGCGACGACGGUUGGCGGCGAACCAGGACAAGCACUCUCAGGGUGGCAUCAAGCGGGCAUUCAGCUCGGCCAAGAAAACAUGGGAAGCCCAGGAGAUAUUUGAGGCUCUCGAUGGCCACGUCGCCAACUGCGGCGCGCCGGGCGUCGCCGAUGCCCUCAUCGCGAAGCUGUUGCUAGUCGGUGGGAACCUGAAUGUGUCAAAUGUCAAAGGGAAAACCGGACUGCUCAGUCGGCGAAGGAGCAUCGAGUCCAUGGAACGCAGCCGGAUUCUGCAAAAGGCUGUUGAGCACCGCCAGCUUGACAUGGUUGCCGUGCUAGCCCAGCACGCUGAUCCUCUUACCCUCGACGCGGCACUCCCCCAUGCAAUCCGCUCCGGCGACCUCGCCCUGCUGAAUAUACUGCUCAAACGGGGCGCUAACUGCACACAGACGCAGGACGCUCAGGAUGCCUUCCGCCAGAUGUGCAUCAUGGGCGGCCACGCCGAUCUGGUCGGCCUCGUGCUCCAGUCCGAAGGCAGACCCCCGCCGGGCUCGCUCUCCAUAGCCAUGGUUGAUGCUGCCAGAAAGGGCUGUCUCCAAACCGUUCUACGACUCAGCCGAGCCUCCGCCGAUGGCGAGUACAACAAAGGCGAAGCUCUUAAGGCGGCAGUCGCCCAGUGCAGGGUGGACAUCGCCCUCGCUAUCCUCACCGGUACAAAGCCGCCCACUUUCGGUGGCCAGGGAGUCAUGGAGAGUUUCACCUUGCUCGUCCAACAUACGACUGUCGGUCCAAACGAGAAGAUAGUUCUGGCAGAAGCGCUACUCUGCGCUGGAGCCUCCGGUGAUCCCGUUUCGCUCGCCCUCUCUCAGGCAUGCGCCACCGAGUUCUACGACAUGGUCAGUCUUCUCGUCUCGUACGGGGCCUCGAUAGAGUUCCAGAAUGCCAGCAUUCUCCGGAAUGUCCUUUCGAGGGGACAGACUAACCUGGUGCAACUGCUGCUCUCGGAGAGAACCGCCCUAAGCCCCAUCUUCGCAUCCGAGUGCGUUCGGUGCAUCCCAAAGGCGAUUGCACCCGAAGAUCGCCAUGCCAUCUUAAGCAUGCUAUUGCGGAAAGGUGCCGGGGGGACACCACUGCAUGAUGCUUUGGUGGACGCUGUACAAGCCGGCGAUUUAUACUCUGUUGAGCUCCUCCUAACACCCACUUUUCCCCGUGGGCAGCCUGGAUCGACCCAGGAUCUUCGCAACGGCACUCGAAGUACGAUCCAUUCCAGGCACGAGACGGCUUCUGUCGACUACAAGAAUGGUCUUGCGCUAAGCAAUGCCGUCAAAAUGGGUCACAUUCCAAUGGUGAAGCAGCUUGUGGCUAGCAGGCCAUCAACCCAGACACUCGACUCGGUGUUCCCGCAGGUUUACGACUUACAACCCUCUUCUAAUCGCUACCACAUCGCCGAGUGCUUUCUUACCGCCGGCCUUUCCAUGCCCUGUGUCUCGGCUGCGCUGCACAAGGCUAUCGAGGAACAGCCUCCCCGCAAAGACGAGCGUCUCAUCAGCAUGCUGCUGCGGUACAAUGUCGAUGUCAAUUUCAACGACGGAGCUGGGAUCUUGUCUGCGAUUGCGAUUCGAGAUUUGCCGUUGCUGGAAACCUUGCUCAGAAACAAGCCGUUGCCUCAAACCGUGGCCGCCGCGGUGGCCAGAGCGAUGACAGUGGACGAUAAACGGAGCCGGUAUCAGAUGGUACGGUUGCUUAUCGGGGCUGGUGCCGGUCGUGAUGGCACCGAAGUGUCUGAGGCCCUUGCGCAACUACUGCCUAUCCAGCCAGUCGACAUACCAUUAGCUACGCUGCUUCUAGAACAGGGCCAUGCCGAUGUCAACUUUAACCAAGGCCUUCCUAUUGCGCUAGCUGUCAAUGACCCGGACCCAAGCGUCCUUGAGCUCGUGCUCAAGCACGGUAAGCCGAAUCCUGAUGCACUGUACCGCGGCCUCGAAACCCUCACAGAGAUGCCCACCAACUCCGCCAAGAUAACCAAGGUCGACGCCAUCCUCCAUCGCACAAAGCAAAAGGAUAUGCUCAAUGCCGUCCUGUUCAAGGAGGUGCAGACACUCCUCAAGAGUCCUGCCGACAACCGCCAACUGGCCGUCCUCCGGUCACUUCUUUCCGCCGGCGCAGACGUCAAUGCCCACAAGGCCGCCGCGCUGUGCUGCGCAGUCAAAGCCGCUGAUGGGCCGAUCGUAGACUUGCUCUUCAGCGCUAAACCGAGUCCCGCUUCCUUGGCUGCGGCUUUACCCCAGUCGCUCAAUAUCCUGGACCCAAUGGAUCGCCUGGCCUUUACCCAGAAGCUCAUUGAGGCGGGCGCUCCCGGUGCGGAGGCGAACCGGGCAUUGGUUUACGCGAUCAAUGCCCAUCCCACCGAUCACCCCUUGAUUGCGCUUCUGGCGGCGCACGCAGAGUCGGCAGACGGUGAGGCCGUCAUCACCGCGGUAAAGAACGAGAACCCCGACAUUGUGAACCUGAUACUGGAGAAGAGCCGCCGGAAGUACGCCGCCGCAAGUGUUCUGGGGGACGCGUUUCAGGAGGCGACAAAGGUGAAGGGCAAGGAAAAGCGGGUCGCAAUCUGCACGUCGCUGCUUAAGAAGGGCGUGUCAGGUCAAAUCAUCUCGGACGCUCUGCUCGCUGCUGCCUCGGAUGGGGAUAUCGUGCUUGGCGGUGUCUUGAUGGAUCACGGGGCCAGCGUCGAGCAUCGGGAAGGGCAGGCCAUUGUUGAAGCCUGCGGGGCUGGCGCUCCAGGCGUUGUCAAGAUGCUGCUUGGCAGCAGGGUCGAAGUUAAGCAGCAGACCCUCGUCAAGGGGUUUCAGGCUGCCAGUCAGGUAGAUGAUCUCGCCAAACGAGCCGAGGUCUUCCGCCUUUUGCUCGCCAAGGGCGUUACUGGUGACGCCGUGGAUGCGGAACUGGUGUCGGCGGCCAAAUUAGGGGAUGAUGGCGAGAGCCUGGUGCGAUUACUGCUCGAAUUUGGCGCAAGAGUUGACUACAACGCGGGCGAGGCGAUCUGGAACGCCACGAGGGGCGCCAACAUGGCGAUUCUCAGGCUAAUGCUCGGUGUUGACGGGGUGGGCGACCGGCAGAAGAAGCCAUCCAAGACAACAUUGCUCCGAGCGCUCAAGGCGAGCCGGAAGCUGAGCAGAGAUGCGAGAUACCAGGUCACCGAAUGGCUCUUUCAAGCCGGAUUGCCGCCUUGUGAGGAGAUUCACAUCGCGUUGAACAGGGCUGUGAAGGAUGAUCCAGACCCCAGACUUGUCGAGCUGCUGCUCAAGUACGGCGCGUCGCCACUGUCCAAUGGCUGUGAGACCUUGACAGAUGCUGCUCAGUUGCUUCUAGUCGAUAUCCUAGCGCUCUUGCUGGAAACUGAGAUCCCACAGAAGGAUGUCUCAUGGACGUUCCAACAAGCCUUUACUCCAGAAACUGCCCCAACUUGGCUGUCAGAGAAGGGGUUCCAGGUCGCAGAGAUGCUUGUAGUGAAAGGUGCGGAAGGAGAGAGCCUCGCUCUCGCACUCACUACGGCCAUUGACGCCUACGGCUCGGAAAACGACGAAAUAGCACGCCAAUUCGCAGCUCUCAUUCUGCAGACCAAAGUUGACGUCAAUUACGAUGAUGGCCUAGUGGUCCAGAAGGCAGCGCAGAAGGCGGAUUCAGAACUUAUCCAGCAGAUUCUCCAUCAGAGGCCCAACUCCCACGCCAUCUCCAUGGCUUUCCCUUACAUCUUUGACGACAGCCUGUCUGAAGAAGACCUGCUCCGCCUUGUGGCCCUGUUCACCGACUACCAUGACGGAGAGGAGAGGCUCGAUGCGAUGUUCUCACAUCCCAAAUUCGAACCAGUCAUGUUUCGCGCGCUCACCAAGUUUCCCCGUUCCGUCAAAAUCGCGCAGGCACUGCUUGACGCUGGCUAUUACCAUGACCAGAUGACGGCGAUCCGGGUAAUGGACGACGUUGAGGAAGAGGAGCAAGUCAGUCUGCUUUUCUGGGCCUUGUUCCAACCCCAAAAGAGGGUUAGCAGUGCCGUCAUUGAGCUCCUCAUCGACCGCGGUGCCAAGGUCAACUUUGAGACCCGUCUGUCAAAGACGACGCCACUCAUGCUGGCCAUACAGCAACGCCGACCUGAUCUGGUAAAGGCUCUGAUACUGGCUGGUGCUGAAGUCGACGUGAUGGAUGCCACCGGCAACACUCCUAUGACUAUGGCGACCCAACUAGGAGGCGACCUCGGCACAUCGAUGAUGUCGAGCAUCCUUGCUGCCGAUCCCACCACCAACGAUGGUUCCUUGCACAACGCCGCGCGGGACCUCAACCUCAAUGCUAUGAAAGUGUUGGUCGAGUACGGCCACGACGUCGACUUCCCCAGCCCGCUCCAUGGAGGCCGCAGCGCCCUCGGCGAGCUAUGCCUGAACGCAGCCCACGCUGGCCCUCUCACGGCGGCACAGGAGAAGCAAAUGGAGAAAGCCAUGGCAUUCCUCAUCAACCACGACUCGGACCUAACCAUCCAAUCCGACGGCAAGUCGGUCCUCCUGCUCGCGCUCCACUCGGCCGACCCCGUCCCGACCACUCGGGCAUUGCUCAAAGUGGGCUUAUGGAAACACAUCAACAAGCCCUACAAUCACUAUACGGACGGCACCUACACCUACUCCGCGUCACAGUACGUGGCGCGCGUGCUCCCCGAGUCAGACGUGCGCCCUCAGCUGCUCGAGCUUCUUAAGGCCAACCGGGCGAUUGAUGUGUACUACGCCAACGACGGCCCGCAGCCCGAAGGCGCCGUCAAUCUCCCGCCCGAACUGUUGCGGGCCGAGCGGGAGCGCCGGGCAAGGGAGGAACGCAUCGCAAGGGAAUCCGAGGAGCACGCCAUGGCGCUGGCACGCACCAAGGAGAUUGCCUCCAUCCACAACCAGAUCUUUAUCGCGCGGGCCGAGCUCGAGGACGCGCGCGCGCGCCGCCAGCGCAGCGACGAGAUCGCCGCCAUCCACGCGCGGCAGGCGGCCGAGGAAUCUGCCUUUGCCGCUGCGCUGCGGCAGCGUAAAGCCGAGCGCGAGGCCGCGAUGCAGCAUGAGCAGCGGCUCACCGAGGCUGGCCUCACGCGUGCCCGGCUUGUGGCCGAGGCCGAGCUGGAAAUGGAGGAGAAGAAGCAGGGCCGCAUGCUCGAGUGGGAGGAGAAAGUGGGCAGGAACCGCGAGCAAAACGCCAAGGCGCUGAGUGCGGUGCGUGUGAGAGAGCGUGAGGCCAUCGAGAGGCUUGAUGCCGCGGCCGAUGCGCGCACGGUGAAGCGGAUUGGCGAGCACAAGAAGUUGGUUGAGAGCCAGGAGAGGCUGGCGGCGAGGUUGGCGGCUGGAGGAGUCGAUCAGAGGAGGCAGAUUGGGUAUGUUACUGGGGAGUUGGACUAG